AUGUUGCCUAGUCACUUUGACCUGCAAAGGAAGCUCGAGUCGGUGGCAGCAGAGAUGUCCUUCAGCUCGGAGGAAAUUUCUGGAAGCUCUGAUGGAUUGGCUAAGCUCCUGACCGAGUACCAGAAUUUGCGUGAUGAGCUCAAUCCAACGCGGCGGGACGCUACACAGACUUCUGACGUGAUUGACGCAGAAGGGCCGUGCCAACUUCCAGAGAGCGUGGUACCCAAGGAUGUGUGCAACGAGACUUCAGCAAGCUUCUCCGGCUGCAGCUUCCCCAUUAGCAAUCAGAAAGCUCUUUCGAGCUCGAACGCGUCAAUUCUAUCUGGCUGCCCCAACAUUUAUGACGCUUGCCAAGAGCUAUUCCUGUAUUGCAACUUACGCAAUGACACCCGAAUUGUGACUGCGACGACUUGCAACGGGAAAGGCACUGCUCACUUCGAUCACGCCCUUGCAGCUUUUAAGUCCUACAACAACACAUGCUCCCUCGUGGGCUGCGAUGACAACACCAUUGGCAGCCUCAUCUGCAGUGAUACGUAUCAGUCAGGGAGCUUCGACCCCCGGACGACGCUUCAGUUUGAGGUCGAGCCGGGCGCGUGCGUUCACAUCGUGCAGCAGUCGCAUGAUGGCAUGAUGGGCAACGAGACGGAUUUGCUUUUCAUUUCCAGCACUGACGGCUCUUUCUCCACUGGCGCUACGCUGGUGCAGGAGAAAGCCAGGCACGCAUCCGCGGUGGAUCUGCUCAGAACCAAGAUGGAUCAGGUUUCGCGCUCUCAUGCUGAAGAGCAGGGGCACAAGUUCGAGGAUGUGCAGAAACAGGGCGGGGAGGCAUCCAUUGUGGAACUGCUCACAGCCAAGAUGAAUGAGGCCUUGCACACUGUUGCUGAACGGCAAGAGGGCAAGAUUGACAUUCUGGAACAACAGCAGUCAGAUAUCUUGAAGGCAUUGCACGCCCUUCAGAAACAGGAAGACGCUGCACCGAAAGUGCAGAUCUUGAGUUCGGACCGUCACGAAAGCUUUGCAAGCCACAUGGAGAAGAUGCUCCCUGACCGUGCUGCAGAUACUUCUGGCUUCGAGCUCUGCUCUGCCCCGAAGCGCCAGGUUAUGACCCAAAUGGGAAGCCACAGCAACGCCAAGCUGUCAACCGCGGGGGGCUGCGACAAGGCCAAAGAGAUCCCUGUCUUCCAGCCUUCAAGCAACAGCUCCUCGCCGUUCACGGUCGCAUGCUGCCCCAAGGAGUCAUUACAUUGCGCAGGGUGUGCUGAGAUAUCGGAGACAGGUGAUGAGUGCAACACCUGUGCUGGUGGAUAUGUCAAAGGAACAGAUGGCACUUGUGAAGCCUGCAUGGACAUGGUGGGUUGGGAGGAUGUGGAUGGCCAGUCCUGUGCUGCUUUGCAUUUCCCAGAGGGCUGCACGGAGAAGAAGGUAAAUCAACAUUCCGCCAUGGAUGCGUGCUGCAAGUGCGGCGGUGGCCACCGCACUGCCACACCCUUUACAUACUUCGUGGGUGCAACAGUUUUGGGUGCUCAAAGUGUCGUGGGCCAUCCCGUGCCGCGGACAGCGAGCCGCUACUUCCUGGACGAGGGAUGCGAGCUCUUGCAGCACGGGCUGACUAUCAGCGGCACAACCGGCGAGCUGAUGCUCGCGGACGGUUGCAGCGCGGUUGGCUGUGGUUCAGCGGAGCCCUUCUCUGUGUCCUGCACUGUCACUGCCCAGCAAGUCAAGGCCGACCUGGAGUAUAACUUCAGCUUUUCAGCUGCUGCUGUGGGAGAUGUUGCGGUCGAAACAGUCAAAUGGUCAAACGCCGACGUUGGUAGUACGACGGUGCUUACAGACAGGCUUUGGGUCUUCACUGGAGUUGGAGAUUAUGCAAAUGACUGUUUGUUUCUCCGUGGGCCGAAUGCCAUCAGAACCACCCCAUCUUCAGAGGUGCAGUGGCAUAUCCGGGCCCCUUUUCCUUCCACAGUCUACUUGGAUAUGUGGACAGGGGAGCAUGGCUUUACAAAUUGGGCAGACCGCGCUAGUUGGGCACCGUCAUCCAGGCAGGGCAUCAAAACGGAGGUGAAUGGGAUUUCUUAUGGGCCUGGCUUGGUGUAUAGCCGGAAUUAUUCGGCCGGUGACGCCAUCCGCGUCUACGGCCACGACAACGCCGUUGCAAGCUACUUGGUAUUCGUCUGCCCGACAGGGCCCAGCGAGUUCCCGAUUUAUGCGGCCCCCACAAGUAACAGAGACCACCUGAUCGUGAGCUGGUCCACCGCGACCGUCGGUAACACGCCCGUCUUUGAGGACAGAGACAACUAUCACUUCACUGGCCUUGGAAGUUAUGAUGAGUCUUGCUUCCAUGUUCGUGGAAGCAACGAUGACAAGAACAUCCCAUCUUCGCAGGUGCAGUGGACCAUCAAGGCCCCGUUUGCUUCCCAGGUCUACUUGGAUAUGUGGGCAGGGCAGGACGAACUGGGGUUUGCCUCCUGGCCAGACCGUGAUUCUUGGACGCCAGCGCCUGACAUGAAGGGGGUCGAGUUUUCGACUUUUGCUUCAGGCCGUGUGUACAGCCGGACUUAUGACGCUGGUCAAACUAUCGAGCUCUAUGGAAACGAAGGCGCAGGUGCAGGCAGUUACUUGGUCUUUGUUUGCCCCCUUGAUCGCAGAUCGACAGCCACCACCUCCUCCACGAAGCUAACAGUCACAGCCCACCAGGGUUUCUCCUAUGGCGUGGCGCCCCUUGUAUUCUCCUCCGGCGAGAGCUACUUGCCAAGCACCGUGCAAAGUGGCACAUACCAAGACUUGGCCUGUGCUCCUAAGGAGGUAGCGGCCGCACUGAGCCUCAAUGCCGAUAAUGGCGAGCUUACUUGGGAUAGUUCUGGCGCGACUGGUGGUCUUACCUUUUCUCAGGGAGGCGUUUUCAACAGCACGAGUGGUGGGAUAUGCCAGCUAAGCCAAGGAGGUGUCAAGACAACCUUCGUCGCGCUCAAGCCGCAGAUCUGGCAGUCACUCGACUAUGGCUAUGGUGGCACGGUGCGUGUCACUUUGGGGCAGGCUGCACCUAUUCUGAAGCCGCAAAGCGAAAGUGGCAAGCUCGCUCCAAGCCGUUUUACUGCGCAGGUGCAAGAGGAGGAGCCGGAGGACUCUGACGCCUUUGCCUUUGAUAGCCUGACUGGGAUGUACACGUAUUAUGGAUACGAGCUCUUCCUUCUCAAUGUGCAAACAGGUGCGUUGACUCCUUCUCCUGCUGCCGAGAUUGCCCAGAAGCUGAAGGCCUCCAGCACUAGGUCGUCGCUGAGCAGGACCUUUGUGGUGUAUGCUCACUAUGACUGGCCACCCCUGGGUUCGGGGCCCGUGCUGGAGCAGGGAAUCACAAUGGACUUCCAAGAGAGCACCUGCUGGCCAAGUCAGACCUUGAGCUUCUCUGCGCGCCAAGAGAUUGUCAACAAGACAGACCACACGUCUUGCAGAAGUUACUGUAGAGCCAAGGCCGAUUGCACACACUACAAGUUCGUUCCGGGCACUUGCUUCGAGUACAGCCAGCUCUGCAAGGAGGGGAGUUCAGGGUGCACUUUUUCAAACGUGGAGGUCAUUGCUCGGUACCCCUCAUGCGCAGAGAGGGCAGCAUGUAUUCAUUUGGAUGUCACGGACAAUUACUACAUGUCUGGACAGUACUGUCCUGUCGGAGAGAACAAGGUUGCAGAAGGGCGUGUUUUCUUGAAACGCGGCCUCUCGCAGAAGGAUUCCUUCUGGCUCAGCUCACAUGACGGCACGGCUGAGAACCUGGGCUCUGCAUGUUCCAGCAAGACCUGGAUGCUCCGAGUGCCCGACCCAAGUCGUGACUUCCUCAAUGCAUCUGACCACUAUGUGGAACUUCAUGGACCAGGCGAGGCGUGUUUGGGCGAGAGCGAUGUGAUCCAUGACAUCUUCACAUCGUCUCCGAGCACUGUCGCAUUGGUCCGUGCGGUUGAUUCGCAGGGGUUUAAUGCAAAGUUGGAGUUGAAGGUCCCGAGUUGCAGCGCGCCCAACCUAACGACGGCAUCGCAGGUGCAGGGGCAGGAUCAGGCACAAAAGGAUCUUGCUGCUGUUGACAUGCUGAUCUUGGACGACCCUUCCACUCCUUUGGUUGCUGAUCAUUGGCUGCACCCUUGCCAGUGCGCUCCAGCGGAUUGGGGAAAUGUCAAGCCUGUGACGGCCGAGGCGACCCAAGAUGCUCCGACAGGCAGUCGAACGGGUUUCAGGCCCGCGCCGUUCCUGAUCGUGAGCGGGGCCUUCGUGUGUGACCCGGAGUACAUGAUCGACCACCACGUGGGCGUGGACGUGGAGGUUUUGGACGCAGAGCUCUGCCAGGAACGAUGUGCCAGCGAGCGGCUGUGCAAGUUCUUUUGGUCCGGCAUGGUGGGUAGCAGCCAACAGUGCUGGCUCUACUCCAACUGUCGCACCUUGUAUCGUCAGCUCGGUCUAACUGGUACGUUGACUGCGUACGAGAAGGAGUCGAAUGUUUGCAGAUUGUCAAACGCAGAGUCUUGUUGGCACGUUACGAAGCGGCGACAGUUUCUGGGGGCCUUUCAUUCCUCCGACCCUUUCACCCUACCAGAGUGCCUCCACCAGAAUUUGUUCGUGCAGUGCGACCAGAAGCUGAUGCUCGGAGGCACAGCGGUGGAGGUUUGUGGGCUUUGCAAGUACGCAAAGGUGGAUGCGGACGGGAACUACGCAGUGUUGCCUCAGCCCCUUCAGUCCGCUGCUCCCCUUCAGUCCGCUGCUCCGGUGGUCUUGAGAGAGUACAUGAACACCGGAGCAGAAGUCGUGAGGCUUCGUGCGAUGGCCGCAAACCCGGCAGACACUGAAGUCUUUGCGGACCGAGACACGGUGUUCACUAAUCUCGGAAGCUACGGCGAGGAUUGCUUCUACAUCCGCGGCCGCAACGAUGCAAAGGGCAUGAGUGCCCAAGAUGUGCAGUGGCGCAUCAGAGCUCCGUGGCCUUCGACAGUCUACCUUGACAUGUGGGCCGGUCAGGACAGCAUGGGCUUCAAAAACUGGAAGGAUAGACCGCUCUGGGAACAGGCAAGCGAGACCGGAGUCACGUUUGAUCACAGUACUUCCUCAUCAAAGGUCUUCACGCGCAACUUCUCAGUUGCAGACGACAUCGAGCUUUAUGGCAACGGUGCCAGCGAUGGUACAGGGACCUACCUUGUUUUCGUUUGCCCCCGCUAUAUUAGUGAUGAGACGAAGUUGCCCAGCUUGGCAUCAGACCAGGUGCUUGGGGAAGUUGAUGCUGGCUCCGGCCAGUCCACUGCUCGGUGCCCCACAGGCUCCUACGUGGUGGCCUGCACAACUUUCCCAGAGCAAGAAGGCUGGAAGCUUCUGCCAACAUCCAGCACAUGUCAAGUUCACUUUGCCGGCAAUGCAGUGGCGGCCAUCGCAACCUGUUCCUACACAGGCAAGACCUUGGUCACUGGUGCCUUUCAUCCAGGGGGGCAGACACCUUCGGUGCUUUGUUCUGAAGGUGAGCCUGUCGCUUGCACGUGCGAGGAAAGUGUGGCGGGUACUGAGUUGAAGGUCUGUCGUGGAGAAGUUUACUUUGAGCCCACGAACUCAGCUUGCACGAAGCCCUUGGGAAUCUCAUCUUCGACGUCGGCGAGGAUCUGGGCAAUAUGCCAGGCACCCCCCACGACUUCAGCCGCAAAGACGGCGGUGGCUUCCGAGUUCAACCACGGUGCAGCAUUGGACGUGAGCUGCUGGACGGAGCGUUACACCUCCUUUGAUAUCAAGAGGCAGAUCCGCUGCGUGGCCGGGCACUGGCUAAACAAUGCGGGCACGCGAGGCCUCGCCAAUUUCGAAUGUUUAUCUGGCAUCCAAAUCGUUCCAUCAGCCUACACGGUGACUGGAGACCAGGGCAACCAAGAGCUCUUCUUUGCUGGGAGAUGGAAGCUUCAAGCUUUUCUGAAGCUUGAUGCCGAUGAGUACUCAAUUGAACCAUGCUUUUACCCGGAGGUUUUUGGUGCUCUGCGGCGCUUCCGGAGCUGCGAUGAGCAGAGCCAGUGCCUUGAGACAAACGAGAACUCUGUCCUCAGCAUGCAGCCUUGUAGCACCAUGUCGGCCGGACAGUUUCUUGACGGAAGCCAGCUGAAUGAGCUGUUGGCAAAAAGUUAUGCGGAGAAUUACCAGGACUUGAAGCUCAAGAUAGGGAAGCAAUUGCACUCCGCGGGCAGCAAGUUCACUUUUUUCGACCUGGAAGUUGACACGGCGUGUGGCCGACAUCAAGCGCUACGGAUGUUUAGCUUUGGUCAGCCUGACCCCAAAGACGACGACAGCCAGAUUCUGGGAACAUCAGCACAGUGCAGCAUGGCGAACGUGGUCGAGUCUUCCAGGAUCAGAACCCACACGCGGCAACUCAAGGUGUCCAUCGAGAAUGCAGCUUUCAAGACCUGCCUACAGUACGCUCCUUGCGACUUGGUUCCCAGCGAGUUUUGCCUCGCCAGGGCCUUGGGGACUUGUGACGGAUCAGAGGAGCAAAUGUUCUUUUGGAAUGAAGCCAACUUCGCCUUCCCAUAUUCAGGUAGGUGGCUUCCGGCACUGUAUACCGAUGAGUCCAUGGCUAAGCAGAUACAUCUAGGGCAGAUACGAUUUGCCCCCCAGCUUGAGGGGGAUAUAGCUGAGAAAAUCGAAGUCCAGUCGAAUCCGGAGAACAUGUUGAUAGUGAGCUGGAACCCCGCUACUUUGUACUUUUUCAUUGUGGCGCAAGACGCUCACUCAUUGGCCUCAUUCCAGAUUCAAUGGACUGGUAGCACACCGGACAAGGAGUACAAUGAGCUGAAUUAUCGGUGGCACAUAGGGUCAGGUGCCAGUCUUGCUGAGAUGAGAGUUGAUUGUCCUGCUGGUGAGGCAAUCACCAGCUUGAGCACAUUCCGCAUGAACGUAUCCUGGACGUGUGCACCAGUAAUUGGACUUGGAGGAUGCACCGACAUUCAGACGGAGAAGCAGCAGUACAACGCCAAUUUGCAAUUCCUCAGACUGCUCAAGCUUGAUUGCGGCGAGGGGCAAGUUAUGCAGACUAUGAGAGCUGAGCUGGGAUCGUCAUCGAAGAGUUUGCGGCUGAUUGGCAAGUGCUGCACCAUGGCACAGCCGCCGGUGGCUCUCAGGCCUUUCAGUGGCUUCAUGGGCUCGGUUCCGGAUGUCUCCGGCAUAUACUCCACCGAAGCUGUUGAUGACUCCGGACGCCCGGAGUUUAAGCAAUUGUUCAGCUUCAACCCCGAUCUCCCAUCCCCGUCCAGCACUCUGAGCUACGACAAGCAUGCCGGCAAGUGGUGCAUCAAGCACGGGAGUUCCACCUCGUGUUCCGGUCAAAGCAGCGCAGUACACCCGCUCGAUCUUGGAAACCAGGUCUUGGGUGAUGACUUGCGUGUGACACAGGUAUCCGACUUUGCCUCUCUAUUCGAAGGCCUGGGCUCCGGGAUGAAGCCAGCAGGGCCCCCGAAACCACCCAAGCUGGUAUCUCUCAAGGCCGAAGAGCCGGAGUACGCAGAGAUUUGCAAGGACAAGUAUGUGCCCGGAUUGGCCGGUUUUGACCAAGAGGGGAUGCACAACGAAGCAAAGGCGCUGAACGACGAGCACCCGUGCUUCAGCAUAUGGAGUGAGCCGAGGAAGGACAUCUUCGAUUCAGCCGAGGGCAUGUCCUGGUGGAACCGCUUUGACGGAGAUGCUGCAGACAUUGUUCAAGAUGUCACCUACAAAUCUGUGCAAGAAUGCGCCCAACGAGAAGUUGCAGCGGAGUCCAGGCAGAGCCAAGAGAUUUCAACCAUGGAGCUGGUUCAAGCACUGGGCGACGGCGUCACUGAUCUUUCUGGGCUGGUCUCCGAUGCAGCCAUCCCUGAUUUCUCUCUUACUCCUUGGGGUCCACACAUCGAAGUGUCAAAGGUUCCCGGUUCUGUCGCUGAGGGAAUCAAUUUCUUUGCUAACACGUUGGGCCUUGGCCUCUUGAAGCAGCAGCUGGAGAACGGAUACAGAAUUGGAAACGAGAACGACUGCUCCUCUUUGUCGCACGGAUUGGCUCGCAUGUUCUGUGAUCUGUUCUGCGUUCGAGAUGCUGUGAAGAAAGGGGAUGCCGCGAUCUUGAAGACCUUGGUACAGGCGGUCAGCACCAUCAAUGCGAACCUCAAGGCGCUCUUUGAGUUCUACUUCCCGGCAGAUGCAGGCAAUGCAGGCGCAAGCUUGAUGGAAGAUCAGAAUUUGAUCGUGGAUGGCAUGGCAAG